AUGAAGACUGAAAUAGUUGACAGAGGGGAAGAGUUGGAUGUGGCGGCACCGCGUUACUUUUGUGGGAAGAUAGCUCGCUUACAAACUUCAUGGACUGAGGCGAACCCACUUCGAAGAUUCCAUGUUUGUCCAAACUCAUCAGGGAGGAGGAAAAAAGGAUGUGGGUUUUUUGUUUGGGUGGAUGUUGAAUUUCCACCUAGAGAGAAGGCUCUGGUGAGUUGGCUACUUAGAAGAUUGAAGGAACUUGAAAAGGACGUUGGGCAUUGUCAAGCAAGAGAAAGAAAGUUAAUGGGUUGGCUUAUUCUUUCAUGGGGUUUAGUAAUGGUGGUGUUGUUUUGGCAAUGUCUAUAA